UAUGUUGCAAUUAGCUGAUUCAUAACUGAAAAGAAUGGAAAAAUAGUUUCUUAAUGAAUAAAUACAUCUAAUAUAUCCAAAAUGAAAACUUUUAAAUUACAGUACUGCAAUAAAAUAUUAUAUAAAAAAUAUUUGACAGCUGAUGAUGUUUGCCCUCCCCUACCUUACCGCUUUAAUUCCAGACUAUAGUUUAUCAUAACGUGUGGGAUGUGCAGACUACAUCAUGGUACAUUGCGGCGGCCAUUAAAUAUUACCAUGUUUAUUUUAUAAUGUUUAGGUGUAUAUUUAUAUAUUUUUUGUGUUUAGGGUUGCAGCUAACUCAUGGUUAACCCCACAGCAAAGCUCGGCGUAAUAAAACUGUUUCGUGUCAGAACUGUGGGAAAAUAAUUCGAUUUUAUAUGUAUUUUAAACACAAAGGCAGGUGCUCAUUAAAAAUUCCUAUAAAUGUUGCAAGAGUCAGUUGGGAACAGGUGUUUCUCCCUUUGUUCCACUGUUUGUUGAUGUUGUUGUUCUAUGUCUGCAAGAUUUCAUUGUGUGUCUGUCUGUGUGUGCAGUUUUGUGUGUGGAGUGGGGUGUUAGUGUGUGUAUAUCUGUGCGUGUGGGGGUGUUGAUUGUGGUUCUAUAUAAACCAUUUGCUGCUGAGUGUAUUUGUUUCCAUGGUUACCCCCAUGCCAAUGUAGAUCACGUCAUCACCAGACCAGACCUCUGCAGCUAUUGUUUACUGAUCGUAGAGCAGAAGACCGAGUGUGUGUUGAGAUUUUUUCGAUAUGUUUCCCGCAGACCGUAACCACACACACAUGGAGGGCUAUUUAUUCGAUACUGCUUAGGGACUCCUACCAUUGGUUGACUUGGCACGCAGCAUCCUGUGCUUGUAUCGCCAUCUGUACAACUCCAUACAGAGUGCAUGAAACUGCUCCUAUAGUUUGCUGAAGGUCUUGAGAGAGGCGUUUGUCACUGUCAUGUGAGUCUAACUCUACUUUUUUCUAAACUGUUUAAAGACGGGAGGUUUUAAGAACAGCAUGGCAGAAUCCCCUGUUGAAGAAGACACACCCAAAGAGCAAGAGAGUGCCACCCCUGAUCCCCUGCCGUGGGCCGGAGCUGCUCUAGGGGGGAGAAUACUGAAAGCAUGUGUUACGGGUGGUGCUUUUCUCCUGCUGUACACACUUUCUCAAAUCACAGGUUUGUGGGUUAUUUACAUGCUGAAUGGCUACAGGGCUUUUCCAGCAGCACACAAAGUUUUGGAUCUUCUGCAGUAUCUUCUCUCCACCAGUGAUGCCUCUGAUCAACAGAUGGAGAUUUGGAGGGUGGACAGUUUGUUGCCCCUCAUAGCCACACUCUUCUUAGGUGUAGUCAUCCUUGGCACUGGAACUCUGUUCUGCAUUAAAACCCUGGUGCCUGGCAACCCCCCUUGCUUCCCUGAUGAUCGUCGUCAGUCCAUGAGCAGACAACCUUCCUUUACAUAUUCGGAAUGGACAGAUGCCAGACAGGAGAAUUUCUACGAGCUAGAUCCUGUUCCUGAGACUCCUGUUUUCGACUGUUUUAUGGACAUGAAGACUGAGGCUGACCCUGCCACUCUCACUGUUAAGCCUGUGGGCUUGCAGGAAAGGAGGGGUUCAAAUGUGUCGCUGACUCUGGACAUGUGCACCCCUGGCACUACAGAGCCCUAUGGAUCCCUGCUGUCCCCCAGAGAGCAGAGCACGAAGGAAUAUCUGCAGAAUGCAUCCAACCUACUUACACCUGAGCAGCUACACACGCGAGCUCUGGACGACGCCGUACUGCAUGCUGAGUUUUAUGAAACGCCUAUGAACUUUGUGGACCCGAAGGAAUAUAGCAUUCCCGGCGUGGUGAGAAAGAAUCGCUACAAAACCAUACUACCAAACACACAUAGCAGAGUUUGCUUAAAAGCAAAAGAGGAGGAUGAUUUUCUAAGUACCUACAUCAAUGCUAAUUAUUUGAAGGGCUAUGGAGGGAAAGAGAAAGCAUAUAUCGCCACACAGGGUCCUACUGUAAACACAGUGGGGGAUUUUUGGAGAAUGGUCUGGCAGGAGCGCUGUCCCAUUAUCGUCAUGAUCACCAACAUCGAAGAGAAAAAUGAGAAAUGCACAGAAUACUGGCCAGAGGACACUGCAGUCUGGGAGGGUAUCGAGAUCACUGUCAAACAGGUCAUCCAAGCAGAUGACUACAGUCUAAGGAUUUUCACUGUGAAGAGUGAGGGUGAGGAGCGCACUAUCAGACAGUACUGGUACACAUCCUGGCCAGAUCAAAAAACUCCAGAUAAAGCCCCACCUCUGCUGGAAUUGGUUCAGGAAGUAGAGGAAGCGAGGAAUCAGUCUCCGCCCAAUAGUGGCCCUGUCAUUGUCCACUGCAGUGCCGGCAUUGGACGCACUGGCUGUUUCAUCGCUACCUCCAUCUUGUGCCAGCAGCUAAGCAAUGAAGGAGUGGUUGACAUUCUGAAGACCACCUGCCAGCUACGCUUGGACAGAGGUGGGAUGAUUCAGACAGCGGAGCAGUAUCAGUUUGUUCAUCAUGUACUCAGCCUGUAUGAACGACAGCUUCAGAAGACCUCAGAAGAGUAAAGCCUCCAUGAGUGCACAACCUUCACAUUUCUCCUUGACCUUCAUCUGAACAUGGGGCAGGGACUGACAUUCAGUACUUCAGAUCUCAUGUUUUUAUAUACAACCGACGUUUAGGCUGAACUAUUCUUUCGGAGCAAGGCCAAUAUUAGACUUUACCCUACCCACAAUACCCCCUGCUCGCCCCAUGCCUCAUCAAAACACUAAAUAUACUUGAUUUAUUUAUUAUAAUUAAAGUAACACUAAUGGUUAUUUAUGAAAUACACAAAUACUGCCCUAACAACAAUAUAAUGCUCAGCAGAUCAUUUACAGUAUGCUCAAACACAACAAUGUUUCUACUCGUGUAAUGGUACAGUACAAACACAAUAACAAGUGGACACCAAGGCCUCCAUUUGUCUGAGAUUAUAUAAAUGUAACAUUAGAUUUAGUGACCUCUGAGCCUAAAGUACAGCAAUUUUCCUUUUACUGCUAAAACGUUUUUACAGGAUUUAUAACUUGUAUGUAUCUUAAAGAUUUGUUGUAAUGUCUGGGUGUGUCUGUGUGUGUGUACAAAUUGGUCAUAUGUUGAAAGAUCAACCUGAUCAGUCAGUAUGUAUGCUUGUAUGUCCGAGCGUGUCUGUGUAUACUGGAGACAGCAUAAAGGCGAGAAAAUGUUCACUAUGUGCUACUGUAUGAUGAUUAUCAGACUUACUCCGGAUGUGUGGUUGGUCUCUAGGGAGAGGUUAGCCUACCACAUUAAAUACAAAAUGGCCUUAAUAUGUGUCUUUCUGUCCUGACUGGGGUCCAUAUGGUUGUUUAGAGAUGUUGUCGAGCAGAUCUGAAGGCAGUUUGGUGUUGCAGCCUGUCUUAGUCUCAUUAGGUCCGAUUGGGAGCGAGACUGAUCCCAGUACAGGUCGACGUACGCUUUACCAGCGUACCUUUGCCUUCUUGCGUGUUGUUGGAUGCUGUAACCUGUAAAACGUAUUAGUUGGACUCUUACAAAGCAUCGAUGCUGCACCUCAAGGUUUUAUGUACAGAAAUGCCGAAACACUGUAUCCGACUAAUGUUCAAUUUGUAAAUCAUAGCUUGUAUUGAUAGCAGAAAUCACGACAAUGGGACAUAUAUAGUUGUGAUGUUUUUUGCCCUGGACGUCCAGGUUACUGUGACUCAUUAUUAUCAAUUAUUUUAUUAGCUUGUUUUUUGCAUUGUUUAUAUGUGGGUCUGCGUUUCUGAUUCGUUGAGAUGUAUAAUAAUCAGUAUUUGCCCAGCUCGUACAGCUUUGCUGAGACUUGCAGUUUGCAUGAGCAAGUACAUUUUGAACUUCUUUUUAAUUAUUAGCAAGACAAUUUUGAAAUGAUAAGCAGACAUUAGUGUGUGUGAUCAUGUGCAAUAGCUUCUGCGUCUCUGAGAAUCUUCAGUCAAUGACCUCAUAUGAUCCAGCUGGAAAUACAACAACACUGGAACAACUGUAAUGCAAGUAUCCUUCAACUUACUUUAAACUUUUCUGACUAGUCAUGUGUUUUUAACCAGAUGGUUUCUUUCAGGCAGCUCUAAGCUGGAAGUAGCUACACUAGAGAUUGUACUGGUAUUUAAAUGUGGCUAGUUCAAGGCUUCGAGAUGGUUUUGCCAGAAAUGAGAAUGUCUUCAAUUGACUUUCAUUCACACGCUUUAAUUGCUGCUGUUAUCAUCUGCUGUCUUUUUAUUAUAGCAGAACUGCUGUUGUGUUUAGUUGAUACUGAGCAGUUGAAUUGUAUUAUUUGACAUAUUAGUCUUAUUUAUUGAAAAAGUUUGUCUCUGUGUUUCUGUGCUGUUAUUACACUGCCAAAGACUGUAGUGAUUGGUCCAUACGGCAAAACAUUUUUAAAAAUCCUAUUUAUAUAUUUUAAAGCAUUGAAAACCGUAGCGAGUUUUAGGAUCAACAUGUGGAAUUAUAACAGUACAUGUAUGAAACCAGCUUA